CGCUGUUGAUGGACUGCUCCAAGGCUGGAGUUGGGGCCCGGGGGCUGUGGGGCCCUGUGCUGGUUGUCAUCAUUCUGGGAGCAUGCAAGGCACACCCUAUCCCUGACUCCAGCCCCCUCCUCCAAUUUGGGGGUCAAGUUCGGCUCAGGCACCUCUAUACAGAUGACACUCAGGAGACCGAAGCCCACCUGGAGAUCAGGGCAGAUGGCACCGUGGUGGGGACUGCUCACCGCAGUCCCGAAAGUCUCUUGGAGCUGAAAGCCCUGAAGCCAGGAGUCAUUCAAAUCUUGGGGAUCAAGACAUCCAGAUUCUUGUGCCAGAGGCCAGACGGGGCACUCUAUGGAUCGCUCCACUUUGACCCUGAGGCUUGCAGCUUCCGGGAGCUGCUUCUGGAAGAUGGUUACAACAUUUACCAUUCUGAAGUCCUGGGUCUCCCCCUGCGCCUGCCUCCCCACAAUUCACCACCCCAGGAUCCCAUGCCUCGGGGACCAGCCCGCUUCCUGCCUCUGCCAGGCCUGCCCCCCGCGCCACCGGAGCCCCCAGGAAUCCUGGCUCCUGAGCCCCCUGACGUGGGCUCCUCUGACCCUCUGAGCAUGGUGGGACCUUUGCAGGGCCGAAGUCCCAGCUAUGCUUCCUGAAGCCACAGUCCACGUGUUUUGGGGGUUCCUCUUAUUUAUUGGGGGUAUUUAUCUUAUUUAUUUUUGUACUUUUCUUACUUGAGUAAUAAAGAGUCUGUAAG